AUGUCCAGGAGGAAUGUGGGUUUGCCAUAUCUGGUGGACAAAAAUUGGUUUGGUCUGAUAAAGAAGACUACCGAAAAGCUAGACAGUCAAAGCAUAGACUCUUACCUUGCCGUGCUAGCAGCAAAACCAGAGUUGGCUGGUUUUGAAGGAAUUGAAUUCCCUGCAAACAUUGCCAUCACAGGCACAAUGUUCUCGGCUACCAUAGACCAAGUAUGGAAUGAAUUACAUGGAAAAGAUCCGAAAGGCACAACAUAUGACCCAAAAAGCGAAGAGAUCAUACAAGAGGAACAAAUGAAGAGGCUAUGCUUGUUUGCAGUGGGGAAAGAGCCACGAUGGGGGGAGUAUGUCAAGAAAUGGAACGAUGUUGAGAAGCUCAUCAUGAUUGUUCACUUCAACGAUCACUGGGCCACCUGUUUGGUGAAUUUCACGGACCAUGAGUUGACGAUAUAUGACUCCAAUCAGCACAAGUUCGAUGAUAUCCAUCUCGAUAUACGUCAAUGUGCUUUCUUGCCAAUCUGCAGGAUUAUACCACAGAUCCUCAAGAAGAUUGGCUAUUAUGAGAAGCGCAAUGUGGAUGGGAAAUACACAGAAUGGAUAUAUUCCUACCCAUACGAUGGAUCGAACAAUCUGAAACAACUGGAUAGCGUAAGUUGUGGGGUUCUGUUUAUUAAGUAUGUCGAGAUGAUGCUUACUGGAAAGUUCGUUGAAAAGAACAUGAGCAAGGCGGGGCUUAAAACAUUCCGUGAAAAGAUAGCAGAAAGCAUCUACAAAUUCAGCACGGAUGCAAGUACCUUUGAGCCCUUGGAAGAUGAAGAUGAACAAGAGGAUGCCGGUGAAGGCGAAGAUGACGGUGAAGGCGUUGCGGCAGCCAAUCUUCGUGAAUGAACAAUCAGUUUAUAUUUGUAAAACAAUCAGUUAGUUUAUUUUGAUUGUCAAUCAGUUUAGGCUUGAUAAAGAACUUGGUGAUCAGUUAGUUUAUUUUGAUUAUGUGAUAUAUAUGGUAUGUUUUAGUCAGAACCCUAAAGGUUUGGAUUGUCAAGUACAUAGCAGGUUUGGCACUUAUGGCACUAUUAGUGCCAGAAGUGCUUAAGGAUAUCCAAAAUAAGUGCUUGCGGAAACGCAAAAUAAAACAAAGUAAAAUGGCCCUCUUGGCACUUAUAGCACUAAUAAAGGAUAUCCCAAAAAACAUAAGUGUUUUCGGAAAUAAA